AAAAACUUCUUCGUCGUUCGUUCCCUCAUUAUAAACUCUAUUAUCUCUUUGUUUCUUUUUCUCUCCUGAGAGAAAAAUGUGUAAGCCGACAACUCCACCAUUCACCUGCAAAUGCGAUGCAUAUGCAGAAAAUAAUUUCGUCUCCAUUAAAGUUGCUGAAGAAUCCGACAUGUCUACCCCUUUGAUACCUAAAAGCCCAACAAACGACACUUACCCCCACAUAACCAACAAGAAAAUAACUUCUCUUGUCUUCAAUGAAGCUAAAUCCAUUGCUAAUAUCGCUUUUCCUAUGAUUCUUACAGGCCUUUUGCUUUACUCUCGCUCUAUGAUCUCUAUGCUUUUUCUUGGCCGUCUCGGCGGUUUGGCUCUUGCUGGCGGAUCUCUUGCAAUUGGGUUUGCUAACAUUACUGGAUAUUCAAUUCUAUCUGGUUUAGCUAUGGGGAUGGAACCCAUUUGUGGACAAGCUUUUGGAGCCCAGAAGUAUAAUCUUCUUGGGCUUACUUUACAGAGAACUGUUCUUUUGCUUUUAUUAAUUUCAUUCCCAAUUGCUCUGUUUUGGGUUAAUAUGAAGACUAUUCUGCUUUAUUGUGGCCAAGAUGAAGAUAUUGCUACAGAAGCACAAUCUUAUUUGUUCUAUUCACUUCCAGAUUUAUUCGCGCAAUCUUUACUUCAUCCGUUGCGUAUUUACCUUAGAACUCAAUCAAUUACUCUGCCUCUGACUUGUUGUGCGAUUUUCGCGAUUCUUCUGCAUAUACCCAUAAAUUUUCUUCUUGUUAUUAAGCUUAAUUUGGGGGUUAGAGGAGUUGCUAUGAGUGGGGUUUGGACAAAUUUUAAUCUAGUAGGUUCGUUAAUUGUAUAUAUUGUUGUUUCUGGUGUUUACAAAAAGACAUGGGAGAGAUUGUCAAUGGAGUGUCUCAAAGGAUGGAAAUCGCUUUUGAAUUUAGCGAUCCCAAGUUGCAUUUCAGUGUGUUUGGAAUGGUGGUGGUAUGAGAUCAUGAUUUUGCUAUGUGGGUUGUUGAUUAACCCGAAAGCAACGGUUGCUUCGAUGGGCAUUUUGAUUCAGACGACUUCAUUAAUUUACAUUUUCCCAUCAUCUCUUAGUUUCAGUGUAUCAACUAGAGUUGGGAAUGAGCUUGGAGCAAGGAGACCAGGUAAAGCGAAGGUAGCUGCCAUUGUAGGCCUUGCUGGAAGCUUCAUUUUGGGUUUUACAGCUCUAUUUUUUGCGGUGACGGUGAGGAACGUUUGGGCCAAGAUGUUUACUAAUGACAAAGAGAUAUUGGCGUUAACAUCAGUUGUUUUACCAAUAAUUGGGCUUUGUGAAUUGGGAAACUGCCCACAAACAACUGGCUGUGGGGUUUUGAGAGGAACAGCCAGGCCUAAAGUUGGGGCAAAUAUAAAUUUAGGAUGCUUUUAUAUCGUUGGUAUGCCAGUAGCAGUGGGGCUAAGUUUUUAUAUGGGUUUUGAUUUUCAAGGAUUAUGGAUCGGACUAUUGGCCGCACAAGCCUCUUGUAUGCUCACUAUGUUGCUUGUUCUGCUUCAUACAGAUUGGGAAUUCGAAGCAGUCAGAGCCAAACAACUAACAGGAACAACCAUUCUCGAUGAAACGAAAGAACAAAUUCAAGAAAAUACUAGUAGUAAUAAGCAACUCAAUGAAAAUUUUUUAUGUUAACAAUUUUAAUCUUUAAUUUUUCUGUAUAGAGGGGAGGGGGUAGGGGUGCAUUCAUAGGCUGAAAAUGAAGCAAGGUAAUUCUGGUGAGGUUCAAAAUGGGAAUAUCACAGGAUAUGACAAGAGAUUGUAGCUGGAAAAAUCAGCAAGAAGAAAAGGUGCAGUUUGUACUCUAGCUAAGAAAAUUACUACUCCAUCAAA